AUGGCAUAUUGGACUAGGCCUGCAUUCGGAUUGCUGGAUUCAGGUGGAACCCAAGCUGCCUACAUCGGUGGAGCGAAACUUGAUAUGCAGUCCAUGUGGAUUCCCAUGAAGCAGCUUGCCCUGGAUCUUCACGUCUUGGAUGAAGAGGAAGCGCUGGAGAAAUUCGAAGCUUGCAAGCAGCGUCUUUUGGAUGCUGCCCGGACAUAA